AUGUCGACCGUAGGAGCGCCUGCGCAACACAAGCAGACCUCACGAAAAGGCAAGAAAGCAUGGCGCAAGAACGUGGACGUCACGGACGUACAACAAGGUCUUGAAGAAUAUCGAGAAGAGGUUAGAAGCGGUGGUCCUCUCAAGGAGAAGAGUGCAGAUGAACUCUUCGCUGUCGAUACAGUUGGAUCGAAGGAGAUUACCAAGAAGUACAAUCUAGGCAAACCGCUCAAGGUUGACGAGAUCUUGGCUCAGCGCUCAGCUGUACCUGCUGUUGAUGGUCGCAAACGAGCUGGACAGGAUUUACCUAGUGGAAUCUACGAGCCUGCCAGUAAACGAAGAAAAGGCGAUUGGGUCAGCAAGAAAGACGUGCAGAGACUGAAGCAGACCAUCAACAAGGUCUCACACCUAGUAGAUGGCGAAGCUGGAGAGCAGGAUGUGUUUGACCUGUGGGAUGCUACACCUCAGCCUGUUCCUGUGGAUGACCUUGAAUAUCUUCCCAAACCUAAGCCAAAGGUCGCACCACACACAAUCAAAAGAGCACCGAUUGCACUGACCGCAGAUGGCAAGCCUGUAAAGGCAGUUCCUGGCCCGAAGGCUGGCAGUAGCUACAACCCCGAUUUCGAAGAGUGGAACGAGGCCAUAAUUAAGGAAGGAGACAAAGAGGUGGAGGCAGAAAAGGAAAGACAAAGGGCUAGAGAAGAGGAAGCUAGGAAGCAAGCUCUGAUAGAAGCCGCCGUCGAGGAUGAUCACGCAUACCGUACAGAAGACGAAAGUGCUUGGGAAGGCUUCGAAACCGAGAACGAAGACGCAGAAGCCCUGAAGAGAAAGCGUCCACAACGAAAGAACCCGGCAGAGAGAAACAAGGCCAAGAGAAGAAAGGAGGCUGAGAGGCUAGCUAAGCAUGAGAAGAAAAUGGCAGACAAGAAGAAGAUCGGUCAUGACUUGGCCAAUUUGGUAGAGGCAGGUGCGCUUGUGCCUCGAGAUGCACAAGGUGCUGUUGCUGAGGUCGAGAUUGGUGAGGCUGACGACGACGAAAGUGCCGAUGAUAGCAAGGUCAGAAGGAGAAAGUUUGGGAAUACAGUUUUGCCGGAGAAGAACCUGGAGAUUGUACUACCAGAUGAGUUGCAAGACUCGUUGCGAAGAUUGAAGCCGGAAGGAAAUUUGUUACAAGACCGAUUUCGAAAUCUGUUGGUCAAUGGAAAGGUCGAGAGCAGGAAGCCCGUGCUACAGCCCAAGAAGAAGAGAGUCAAGAUGACUGAGAAAUGGUCCUUCAAGGACUUUUCUGUACCUGUUCGAUAG